AUGGGCUCUUCCAAAUCCGAAGAAGAAACAUCAGGCUCCGGCUCCCCACUCUCGCGCACGCGGCUGCGCGCAAGCCACGCCUGCACCGUCUGCCGCAUCCGCAAAGUGCGCUGCGAUGUCGUCGUCACCGGCUUCCCGUGCACAAACUGCCGGCUGGACUCGGCCAAUUGCAAGGUCAUGCCGCGGAAGCGCAAGUGGGAGCAAAGGGUGAAGAGAGUGCUCGAGCAGGAGGAAAAGGAGCGCAGAGACCAGUCACGACAGCUCGUUGAAGAGAGAGCCAAGGCUUCCGUUCGAAUUCACUCGGAUGUGAAAGCGCACGCAGAGGUGAAGCCUGACCCUGCACGGCUUGCCUCUUCCCUCUCGCCACCCAUGGCCGGCGCUUCGACAAUCCCCGUCUUCCAGCAGGACAGCUCAGACUCUCCAUUCAAGACACCAAAACCCAACUUCAUGUUCAGUGAUGGCACCGUUGACCCAAGCAAGAUCGAGGGGCAUGCCGGCCAUGACACCAGCGGCAAUCUUUCUUGGGCGCCCGAAUUCAACAGCCAUUUCGUACCAUACUCCAGCUACAACUUCAUCGAUGCCGGCUUUCUCAAUCAGCUUAGCCAUACUGAUGUCUCGUACCUGGCAGAAAAGGGCUGCCUGACACUCCCUCCAGAGAAAGUCCUGGAAGAGUUCUUCCAUCAGUAUUUUGCACAUAUUCACCCCAUCAUCCCGCUCCUCGGCGAGGCGGAGUUCUGGGCGGUCGACGCUCGCAUUCCCUUGCUCUUGGUCCGGGCAAUAUUGUUCAUUGCAUCUCCUACUCUGAUGCAAUUCGACAUCCACCGAAACAACGUCGUCAACGCGCAAGUAGCCGUCAUGCUAACCUACCACUCCCCCACAACAAGCGACACGACAAACACAUACUGGAUGGUCAACGCAAUCCAUUACGCUCGAUGCGCCCGAGCAGACCAGUACCAUACCCUCAGCGAUGAUAAUCCACGAAAACCACACCUCAAACGGCUCUGGUGGGGCUGCAUUCUGCGAGACAGGAUAUUGUCCCUCAGCUUACGCCGCCCCCUGAACAUUGGAUGCGAUGAGUUUGACUUUAGUCUCCCUGGCCUCAGUCUCGCAGACUUUGCGGACGAGAUUGAAGUCUCUACGGUGUACGACCGGCCAACGAAGCAGAUCCUGGCACACAUGAUGGCGGCGUUCUGCGAGCUCAUCAUUCCACUCAACAAGGCCCUCACCAUACUCCAUCCCGCAGCCGGGCCCAAGACGGUCACAUUGGAAACAGACAUACAGAAGGAAACAGAUGCCUGCGUCGAGACUCUGCGGCUCUUGGAUGUCUGGUAUCAGAAGACGAGGGAGCGAUUUGAGAUUUCCACGCCGUCGAUUGGCGUCCACAAGUCGUUGACAAUGUUCACCAAGAUGACUUUCAUCUACUAUUACUCUGCGAGGGCGAGCUUGUGCUACCACAUGAUGCUCCUCUCCGUAUCACACCCCAGCCACGCCUCCGAUCAAAAGCACGAUCUCCAAAUACAAGCAGAAAUGGACUCUGCCCUCAAAGGCAUCACCGGAAUCUUCAUGCACCUAGCCCGUCUAGGUGUUGUCCAAUACUUGCCAAACACAUUUGUCGCCCUCUCGGCCAUUCCGCUCAUCUGGCAAGUCCUCGACGCAAAGAUCCUCAACACGGGCACCCUCGCCGCAGACAACAAGCGCGACCUCAUGGUCUACACAAACGUCAUGAACAAGUUCCGCAGCCUCCAUGAAAACGCCGACAACGUCCUCAAGUUCAUCAAGCAAAUCAUCGCACACAUCCAAACCACCGAAUCCGUCGACAUGACGCAGCCAGACUCUCUCUCAGCGCCGCCAUCAGAAACAUACUUUCCACCAGAACUAUUGUCGAAUUUUGCUCAGGGAGGUAAACCGCAGCAGCAGCAGCAGCAGCAAGAGACGGACAGCAAGAAGAGAAAUAUAGGCGGCAUUGAUGGUCUCACUGGAAGUAGUGGGCCGCAAAGCAAGUGGGCAAAGCUCUUCGCGGGGAAUCCAAGGACAUAUCUGAGGAUUGCAUUGACGAUCCAGCAUUCGCUCUCGAGUGGUCAUUUCCCGUCCGAGGAAGACUUUCCCAAGGCGUUGCAGAUGGUCAAGUUUGCUGAGGAGACGAUGGAUAACGGGAUUGACCUUGGGUUGUACAAGUAUUUGCAGCACAUGGAGGACUUCUUGCUGUCCGCCUAG